GUGCUCUGUCACUGAGCUACAUCUCCAGGCCUUGGCUUUCUUUUGUUUUUCUUUUUUAAAGGGUGCUUUGACUAUUUUAGAUUGUUUGAACUUACAUAUGCUUUUAGGAUCUUCUUGCCUGUGUUUUCCAAAGUAUAUUCUACAGUUUUGUUAGAAAUUACAUUGAACGUGGAGAUUAUUUUUGGGAGAAUAGUAAUUUUAGCAACUUGGAUGUUCCAGACAGUUAGUUCUUUCCUGUCUUUCUGAUCAUCAAUCUGUCAUUAUUUCUCUUCUGCCUGAAGAAUGCUCAUUAUGGCUUUCCUUUUAGUGAUGGCAUACUUAUAAUAAGUUUUUCUAAUUUUUGUUUUUCUGGCAAUAUCUCUAUUUUCCAUUCUUUCUUGUUGGAUAUUUUCCCCCCUGUGUUUAGAAUUCUAGGUUGUUAAUUAUUUGUUUUCAAAUUUUGAGUAUAUAAUUGUGGUGUUGUUUGGUCUAAAUUGUUUCUCUUGUGUAUUCAGUUGUCAGUUUUACUCUUAUCACUUUGAAGGUCAUUUCCAAUCAUCUCUGCCCUUUGUGUGUCUUUAAGGUAAUUUCUUUACUUUAGAUUUUUGUAGUUUACUGUGAAAUACUUAGGUAUGUAUUCAUUGUUUAAAUGGUUUGAACUUUUUAUGCUGGUUUUGGAACCCAGGGCCAUGUGCAUGCUAGGCAAUUGUACUUCACUGAGCUACAUCCCUUGGCUGGCCAGUUGGCCUUCCUUCCUUCCUUCCUCCCUCCUUCCUUCCCACCCUCCCUUUCUUUUCUAGCAUGUGUCAUGAGGUCUCAUUAAUUUGGGAAAUCUAUCACUUCAUCUUGUUUCUGUUGCAUCAUUCUCUUCCUCUUCUCCUUUUGAGACUAACACUGUAUGUGGACCUUUUCCUGUGUGUAUCUUGUGAGUUUCUUGUUUCUUCUUCAUCUCCAAGUUCCUCCUUUGUUCUUCAUUUGGAUAGUUUCCUCUGAUUCUCUUUUGGCUGUUUAUCAUUGUUAAACUCAUGCAUUUAGUUCUUAGGAUUUUUUUUUGGUUUGGGUUUUGUUUUUUUGUAUUUUAUAGUCCUCAAAUUUCCAUUUGGUUCUUUUUUUCUAAUAGCUUUGAGAUCAUGAACUAAAAUACUCAAUUUUGUCUCUCAUCUCUUUGAACCUAGUAAACAUAGCUGGUGUCUAAGCUUGGAUUUCCUCUAGGUCUAAAACUUGAUGUAUGGCACUCCUGUGAUUUUGCUUCUGUUUUUGUGGAUGUUUCUGCGUGGUUUUGUGUGCAUUGCACAUUUUUUGGAGUUGUUUUUGUAAAUAAUGGGCCUGAGUUUUUUGUUUAUUUCUGUUGGAGAAAUGUAGAAAUAAUAUCUUUCUCCAUAAUAGAUGGGUUUUUUUUUUUAAUUUGAGAGGGAAAUUAAACAGAGCUGGUGACUCUGUAGCUACCAGCAGGUGGGAUCAGAAUAAUCUUAUGUUAGGGACUGAGAUGAUUUGGUGCCUUGAUGCAGAUCUGUGGUCUGUCUGCUUUCAAUUCACCUUUAUUCCCAGGAGUUAGUCCUUUAGGGUCCCAGCCAGAAGAGAGGGAGUUUGGCCAGUGCCCUUGCUCUUUGGUGGGACCUGGUUUCCAGUUUCUAUCCUGAGUCUCAUUUCACAGGCUCUGAGCUGCCUUCUCUUAAAUUUUCAAAUGCCCCAGGUGAAACACAUCCCCAAAUUCCAGAGUCAUCUCCCUGGUGUUUCUCUGUCCUAGCUCCAGUCUUGACUCAGCAAUUUUUAGAUUUGUGUGUGUUGUUAUUUCUCUAAACAGAUAUUCUUUAUAGUGUUUUUUCUUUUUCUUCAGAAGAUUGAUCAGAAAUACUUAGUUUGCUUUAGUGGAAACUCCUGAAUUGACUCUUUCUGCCAUAAAACGUAUUGUUGUCUUUUCAUUAUCACCUUCAAAAGCAAGAGAAAGGAAGUUUUUAUCUUUUGUAACUGUUCCGUUUGGGAUAGGCAAUUUCGUUGAGUUUUCUAAUGUUCAUUUAUUGUGAGGGUAUGGAUACCAGAACCAACGUGCCUGGUUGUAUCACCAUUUAAUUCAACAUAUUUAAUUAAGAAGAAACUAUUAAGGCAAUUAUUUGAACUCUAACAGUUUUCAUUUAUCCUUCUGUAUUUAGUAUGUUGCCCACAUAAUGACCCUGAAGUCAGUAAGCACCUCUGUUACACUCAGAGAAAACAAAAAUAUUCCAGAAAUACUAAAAUUCAGAUAAUUGACCUGGGCACCCAGGUAUCUCAGUGACCAGGAACACAAGUGCUAAGUCAACCAUCAAUGCAGUGAUUGAGUUCUUUGGAUCAAACAAGGGGUUGCAUCUUGAGCAGAUAACAUCAGCUACAUUGACAAAGUUGGAAAAAAUUAAAGAGAGAAACAGCUGCAGGUGAAUUUGAUUGUCUAUCUCAACAGCAAAGAUUCAGGUUUACAGAAGACUACAAAUUUAUGUAUGGGAGAAAUAAUAAAGCGUAUAACAAGUUUGAUGUUGAAAUAAAGAGUACGAAGCUUCUUUUGUCAAGAUCAGGAGCUCUUAAUCUGCCACUCCCAGCCCAGCAGGCCCAGCCCCCGAGGACGCGGCUGCUGGCGAAAACUGCACUCCUCGGCUCUGGCCCUGCACUCCUCAGUCCUCCCCCUUCGCCUGGCUGCCCGGCCACCGCCCAACCCCAGCGUGACUCAGCUGGACCUGACUCUGACCCGUGACCAGGCGCAACCAUCAGGGGCAAGGACGCGUGCCACACAGACAGGGACCCGCGAUUUCAGGCUGCGCCUUCUCUCCGGCAUCCGCACUGCCUGUGGCUUCUGCGCGCAGCUGGAGCGUCCUCACAAGUGCCCCAAGGGGUCGGACACAUGCUGCCACCAUGUUGCUGUGGCCGCCUGCUGCCGGCGCUGAUGGGAGGAGGAAGAGGAGGAGGAGAUGGCGCCCUCCUGUCCCUGCCAGCCGCCGCCACCUGCGCGUUGCGAUCCCGAUCCCGCAGGAGUCGCGGUCUGGCCCGCGCCCGCUCUGUGUGCAGCAGAGAUGACGAGGACCAUGAAGGGGAAGGGACCGGAGCCCGUGGCCCGAGCGCCUGCAGGCCGAGGCCACCGUGACUCUGGGCAGCACCUGGUGGGGACUCCCUGCGCCUGGCCGCCCACAACAGUUGAGGCAGCGGUCGCCUCCGCCUCCUACUGCUGCGCUGAGAACGCGGCAGGAGGCGCCCUGGAGCCUUCGCGGUGGGCUGUCGCCUCAACCUCGUGCGCAUGCGCAGCAUGGGGAUCGCGCAGCCGCAAGGCCGCCUUGGACCAGGACUUCUGCUUUGAUGGCCUCAGCGAAGAGCAGGUGCACCACCUGGCCCUGUGCAUCAAGGCGGAGCUCAAGGGCUUUGGCCUGGAAAGGGGCUGCCUGCUGGGCCAGGGCGAGCUGCUGCCGGGCUCCCUCCUGUUCCUCUGAGUUGGGGACAUGACAGCACCUGUCCUUAGAUCACUGGUAGCUACUUUGUA